AUGCCUCUCAGCAGUGUCCCUUACCCCUUCCAAUUUGAUUCCACAGCACCGCCUUCAGGGCCCGAAGAUGGAGCCAAAACAGACCUUAACAUGAGCCUCCAAAAUGUCCGUGGACGCAUCCCAUCUAUUCAAGCCUCCCGUCUCCGAACUAUGUUCCUAGAAGCACGCAAUGACCCAACCAAAAUCAUCGCCCACGCCUGCACGUACGACGGACUAUCCUCCCGCCUCGUCGAGGAAGCCGGAUUCCCCAUAGUAUUCCUAGCUGGCUACGCCGUAUCCAGCUCGCACGGUCUCCCAGACGCAGGCUAUAUUGCCAUGGCGGAGAUGUGCGAAAAGAUCCAGGAUAGUUAUCGACAGGUUUCGGUGCCUAUCAUGGCGGAUGGUGAUACCGGGUAUGGAAGUCCGAUGAAUGUUAAGCGAACGGUUGAGAGUUUCGCUGCAGCUGGUGCAGCGGGUGUCAUGAUUGAAGAUCAGCAGUGGCCGAAGAGAUGCGGUCAUACAAAGGGUAAGAGCGUUGUAUCUCGCGAAGAAGCAUUUGCACGUAUGCAAGCUGCUUGUGACGCUCGGAAUGAAGGCCGGGAUAUAUUCAUUCUUGCGCGAACAGAUUCCUUGAUGCAUGGCUGGGAAGAAGCCAUGGCGCGAGCACAGGAAUUCAAGCGCAUAGGUGCAGAUGCGAUCUUUAUCGAAGCUUUACCGGAUAGAGCGGCAAUGAAGCGCGCUGCAGAUGAACUUGAUAUCCCAGUAUUUGCAAAUAUUAUUGAAGGGGGUAAGACGGAGAAUCUGUCUGCGAAGGAACUCGCGGAGAUGGGGUACAGUGCAGUGGCUUAUCCUUGGACUUUGGUGGCUGCUCAUCUGAAGGGUAUUCGGGAUGCGUUGGAUAAUUUGAAAAGAAGUAUGACUGUUGGUGCACCUCCGAUGAUUCUUAGUUAUGAUGAGGUCUGUGAGGGUGUUGGCUUCAAUAAAUAUUGGGAACGGGAGGAGAAGUAUAAGUAUAACUAA